AUGGGGACUCAGAAGGCUCCGGCUCGCCUUCGGGGCCAGAAGACUGCUUCUGUUUCUGCCUGGUCUCUCCCCUCUGUCUCCUCUUCCUCGGAUGAUGCAGCUGUCGCGACGCUGUUGAGGGAACGGCAGGUUUUUAGGCGGACGGAAGAGCUCUUGCGCAAGCGCGCGCAAGAGGCAGAGACUCCGCAAGAUGAGGGCGACGAUAUGGACAACGUCUCAUCUCAGAAGAGAGAUGAAGAAGACGACUUCCUCCUCACCACCUCCGAGCAUGCAGUUGGGGGUUCUUCGCUGCUUCUCGUACGGUGCAGUCCGUUCGAUGCAGGCGCAGCACUCGACUGCCUAGACCUCCUGCGUCAGGGCGUGGACGGUCAGACGGCACCGACAGCACACAGCAAAGGUGUCCAAACUUCUCUCCUCUCCACGUCUCUCCAUACUCUUCUUGUUUGCGUGUGCAAAGAGGCUGCGUCCGGCGCGGAGGCUCCAGACAAUGAACGGACUCGGCGCAUCACCACCGGUCUCUCACUUCUCUUCGCUCUUCUCGUCGACGAGGGUCUCCCGCAGUCACCAUCUGAGCGUCACCGAAUGUGCCACGAAGACGCAGCGCUGCUGGACAGUCUGCUGAAGGCGAUCGAAGCGGUGAGCACCUUUCUGAGGUGCGCGUCUCCCCGGCCCCUUCUUCUCCUUCUCCACGCUCUCCGUCGCAUUUACGUUCCCUCGCAAGGCUCAGACGAGAAAGACCCAGCGACGUGCGGGUGCCUGCCGACCCGCGCUGUCUGGGCGUGCCUGCUUCGCCUGCUGACGGAGGAUCCCCGCGCGUCUGUUCGCUGGCUGGCCAGACAAGUCGCCUUGCACUUGCUUCGCCUCGCCACCGAGUGCGCCUCCGAGGCCUCCACCGCGCCUCUGGCAUCCAACAGGAAACCGACGAAGGCUCUCGAAUCGCUCCAGACGUGCAUGGGCGUCCUCGACCGAUGGGUGCGCCGCCUCGACUUCACAGUGGUCCCGGAGACGCUGGCUGCCCGAGCCUCGACGGGACUGGGCACGAGUGGCGAGGCCGCUCACGGGGCCAGUGUCCCCGCGUCCACGCGACUCCAGAGGAGUCUCCCCUUCUUUCACCGGUGCCUGCCGCCUCUGCUUUGCCUGGAAAAUACCCAGGCCGAAAGCGAAAAAAGGCGCGCCGGGGCUGCGCAGAGCGCGGCGUCGCUGCCGCAGCCUCCGCACAAAGCCGCCGAGGCUCUCUGCAUCCGGCUCGCCUUCCUCUCCAGAAGAGCGGGACGGACGCCCGCAGCCGCCGAUGCCCUCCGAUGUGUGGCGUCUGUGAUUCGCGACGUGCGGCGCUUUCGCGGGUUUCGCGAGGGAGCGAACACGUCCGCAGACGCGUCGGCCUCUGGCCGGUCUGUGGAAACCAAGGGGAAGGCGGGAGACGCGUGCUCCGAGGCGCGCCCGGCCACAUCGGGGUCGGCCUUUUCACUGACCGUUCAGCUCUUGCCAGCGCUGCUUCAGCAGCAACGAGCUCAAGGGACACAGAGGGGACUAUGGGACGAACUCGGCGAGAGAGGAAAAGGCAGCGCCCCAGUUUCGCAUGGAGCUGUCCAGUAUGCAACCGCGUGGCUCGACGCUGUGACGGCAACCACAGCCGCACUCAUGCACUGGGCAGGGGAGGCGCGGGAGGCGUGGAAGGCCCCCGAGGAAGGCGAGGCCCAGGGUGGCAGCUUCAGGGGAGGCGCGAGUGAGACAUCUGGUGCGACGACGCGAGACGCAGAGACUCUGGACGAGACGCUCUUGCUCCAGCAGCUUGAGAAAUUGUCCUUGGGAGGGGGCGACAGUGAUGCUCGAAUCAAGAGCGUGGUGAAGGAGUCUGAGGCACUCCCCCGUUCCUCUGGCUCCGAUGCUUCUGUUUCGGCGUCUUCCUUCCGCCUCUCCAUCUGCAUGCAAGCAGUGGAACGCGUCUUCCGUUCUCUACGCAGAGUUCUCGAGACCGAGGCGGAUCCGUCGAUCGUCGGCGCCGCCUCUGUGGCCGGGCGCCGCCUCAUUGAAGCUUCCGGCGUCGCCUCAGUGCCUGCGUUCCCGUCCUCUGUCUCCUUCUGUCUCUCGCUGCUCCACUUCCGCCACAAGCGGCGACUGCCCGAAGGACUCGAAGCCUCUCGGGCGCUCUUCGCGGCGCUGGAGGCGGUUGCGUGCAAGCAAUUUCUGGACUGCACUCUACACCCUGAGCUCGAUCGGUUCAGACGGCCCGCAGGACCAGGGAGCGAGACGGGGAACACCUCUUCAGUCUCGCACGACUUUGACGGCAAAUGCCUACCGCAGUUCCUCCACCAGUUCCUGGAAAUCUACAGGCCUUGCUUCAAGCCUUUGCUUCGCCAGGUGGUCGGCAUGCUUGCGGUCGUGGAGACGGGAGAAGAGCCGGAACGAAGUGAGGAGAGCCACGAAAAGAAGAGAACGGAGAGGAAGAAGACUGUGGAGGAGAUCUUUGGCUUGGCGAAAGACAACCCGGCCCGGACCGAUCUUCAACGGCACGAUCUCCUGCCUUACAGAGGCCGCAUUCGCCUCGCGUUUUCGGCCGCGUUGCGGGCCUUUAAGGCGCGCACUGUUCUGACAGAUCCUCAGCUGCUCCCAAUUCGCUCGCGUAUCCCUAUUUCCGGGGACUUGUCCCCUCAACAGCUUGCGUUUCUCCUCGAGCGGUGCCCCGUCACCAACGCAUGGGCUCUGCCGCUCCUUCCCAGGCUUCUUGGCCGAGACGAGCUGCGCUUCUUCUCCGCCCACUUCCUGCCGCUUGCCCGGCUCCUUCAGCAGCAAACUGCGGUGAAGGCGAAGAAAAACCCCCUCGAGGCGAGAGAACUCUGCCGUGUGGGUCAGCAGCUCUGGAGCUUGCUGCCGGGCUUCUCAUGUGACCCUAUCGACCUCGCGACAGGCGUGGCGGAAAACGACUUUAGCCUGAUGAAAAAUAUGAUUCAGUUCCUCCACGACCCCGUACUCAGGGAGGAGAUUUGCGCCACGAUCCGUAACCUCUCGAAUGCUGCGCUGGUCGAGAGCGAGAAGGAGCGCAUCACAGACGACGAGGACGAGGACAAGAACAAGAACGAACAAGAGAGGGACGACGCAGAGAAGGACGUGAUGAGUGUGCUGUGCAGGGCUACGAAGCCUGGCGGAAGGCAGUCGAUGCAGGCGUGUGGACCACAGCUCAUGGGGUUCCUGGUUGUUCGUUUCCUACAAGUCCACAAAAUCUCCUUGAAGAAAGAGGAAGAAACUGCGGGAGAACGGGCCCUUGCAGCGAUGCUUCUAGGAGAAAAAGAAGACCUCGAGCAACUCACGCAAAGCGCGAAAAUGAAGGCAACUCAGCACCUGCUGGGCGCUAUCAGGGCCUAUGCGCCCCUCUGUCCGCCGGACCUCCUGCAUGCAAAUGUGCGGCGCUUCACAUCUGCCUUUCUCCGGCGAGCCAACGAAGCCGCGGGUCUAUCCGCUUCUACACCUCCAGCUCCUGUCACCAUGGGCGUGGCGGAGUGCUCUGCACUCGUCGACAUCACUGAUGCUUUGCAUCCUUUUCUGCCCAGUUCUGUCGGUCUAGAAGUGUUCGACAGCCUCCGUACGCUGGUGGCUGCAUGCGCCCAAGGACUGGAACGAGCCGCCGCUACACCUGCAGAGCAGAACGCCAAUCUCGCCGGAACCAAUGCGCAGUGGAAAACGCCAACUGGAGCACCCCGAACAGACGACCGCGUCGUUCUUCGUGCGCUCCUCCGUCGUGGCUACAAGGCUCUCAAGCACGUGCUUGAAAGGUCGGCGUGUUCCUCGAGUUCUUCCUCCUUGGCAGGGAUCUCUGCCUCCGGACCAAGUUGCUUCCUAGGACAGCAGGAGCUCGAGAGUUUGUGGGAGAUUGUCGUGAAGGCCCGCACUGUGUCCUGUGGGACCGCUGCAGAGAAACCGCGGCUUGGAUGUCUCCGCGCCUUCGUUGGAUUCCUCACUCUCGCUGCACAGACGGCAAGGGACGGCCAGGAGCCCGCAGGCACGAAAGCAUUCUGGGAAUCGUUCCUCGUUGACCGCGUCUUCCCGACAGUCGUUCCGGAGAUCAUUCUGUCGCUCAAGAACCUCAAUCGUCUCGUGCGAGAAACGGCGUUCUCGUCCCUCUCAGCCCUGUGCGAAGCGUGUGACGGUGACUCAGCGAAACUGAGUCGCCUCGCUGUCCUGAUAGCCACUGGCCUCGGCGGCAAUACGGGGAUCACCGCACGCGGAGGCGGUGCCGAGCCCCCAAUCCUGAAGACCGCAGCCGUCCUGGCGCUCAGUCGAAUCGUCUUCAGCUACGGCGACCAAAUGGACGAUGCCCUCGUCCAGCAGAUCUCUGAGGUGGUUCUCCUCCUCCUGCAAGAUCGAGACAAACAAGUGUUUCUGGCUGCACUCCGUUUUGCGAGGGUUAUUGCUCACGUCCUGGACGGCCCGGCACUGGAACGAUUCCUGCCGGCAAUGCUCAGCGUCCUCAAUAGCAGACACGCCAUCCGAGCCAAGAUGAAAAUCCGGCGGUUGAUCGAGAAGCUUCUGAAGAAGCUGGGUGAAGGUUCAGUGCAAGAAGCGUUCCCGUCGGAGCAUCUGCCGCUGCUGCGCCAUCUCCAGAAGAGCGUUCGAAAGCAGCAACUCCGAGAACUUCUCGUCAAUAAGGCGCUGCACGAAGGCCUGUCGUGGGACGAACUUGAUUUUAAGCAUGGCAUCGACGACGAGAAUGAACAUACGAACGGGAGAGGGAAACGCGGCAAGAAGGAGAAUGACGCCUUUUCCGAGAUAAUGGACGAGGACGACGAAGAAGACGAAGAUGAUGAGGACCGGCCGUUGUCAGGAAAGAAGGCAGCGGCCAGAAAGCGUAGAGCCAAUACUCAGUCUCUCGGAGAAGAGGACGAAGAGGUGGAGGACACGGAGAAGAAAGACAGCGCGACGUCGUUUUCCCCUAUGAAGCAGCUGCUGGAUGCAUUCGAGGAGGAAGAUGACAGUGACACAGAAGGCCGCAGAAACAGAAACAGGAAACGCACUCGGGCGACCUCGGGCGACGCGUCCACGGAAGGCGUCAUGCUUCUUGAAGAUAGCGCGGGCGAACUGCCUCUCGACUUCUGUUCGGCGGCUGCAGCUCAUCGCGUCAUUCUCAAUCAGCCUCUGGCGAAACACCGGCGGCGAAUUCUGCCAGAGGCGGAGCGCAAUAAGGUUGCGAAUUUGACCUGGAAUGAAGAGGGCCGACUUGUUAUUCCUGAAAACGAGGACGAGGAAGACGACAGAGAUCCUGGCUUCACGAUCGGCAAAGUGUCGUCUGCAGCGGCUGGGCCCAACGCCGGGCGCGGUGCUGAGAAGAAAUCCAGUUCUCCCUCGGCGCUGGCGAAGAACCGAAAGGUUGCGCAGCAGGGCGUCCAGAGGAAAAAUUUGAGUUGUCUUGCUGCUCGUCGGGAGGCGAUGAAGUCAGCGAGGGAGGAGCGAAGAAGGGGGCACUUUGUGCAGAAAAGCGGAGAUGAAUUUAAGGCUAAGAAGGCGCGUGGAGACGUCAAACAGAAUAACAAAGUUGAGCCUUUCGCGUACAUCCGCCUCAAUCGGGUGAUGCUCAGAGAGAAGCACAGACCACAAGCUCUACAGAGUCUGGCAACUCUGGUAAAGAAGAAGAAGCGCGUCGCUGGUGAGAAGGGCAAGUCGAAGACCGGCGUACGCAAACCCAUGAGUAAAACGCGCAAAAGUCGACGAUAA